GAAGAUUCAUUUCAGCAAACCGCCAAAAUAAAGAAGGGCAAAUUUCACCGAGAAACGAUCACCGGCGGCUUCGCCGUCGAACAAGUCAAACAAAGUCGUCUCCGUUCACCGGUGGUACCUCUUCCAAACGAUAUUACUAAAAUGCCCGUACAACCGCCAAAUGUCCCAAAACUGUAGUGUCAUUUUCGUCCAAACGUAUUUUUAAAUCCCAAAACCAAUCGCAUAUUUCUCGUUGUCCUAAUUCAUCUAUCUCAUCUCCCCCUUCCUCCGGGUCCGCCACGACCACCACCACGACCCUUGACGGUUAUUGAAAAGGAAUGCAGUCCACCAAGUCUCGCCGCAAAGUGGCGCCUUCUGCGGAUGGUGGCGACUCCGGCGACAAGUCGGAGCAGCUUCUUCUCUCCUCCGCCAUCUGCAACGGAGAGGAACUAGGCCCCUUCGUCCGUAAAGCCUUUGCCUCGGGCAGGCCCGAGACCCUCCUCCACCUCCUCCGCUACUUCUCCCGCUCCAAGGAAUCUGAAAUAGAGGAAGUCUGUAAAGCUCAUUACCAAGACUUCAUCCUUGCCGUCGAUGACCUGCGAUCUCUGCUUUCCGAUGUUGAUUCUCUCAAAUCUGCUCUUUCCGAUUCCAACUCCAAACUCCAGUCUGUUGCUGGUCCGCUUCUCGCUUCUCUGGAUGCUUAUGUGGAGGCGCAGAAUAUCUCCAAAAACGUGGACUUUGCUUUGACAUCUGUUGCUUCUUGUGUUAAGCUGAUGGAGCUAUGUUCUAGAGCGAAUUAUCAUCUCUCGAAUGGGAAUCUCUACAUGGCGUUGAGGUGUUUGGAUUCGAUCGAGAGUGAUUUCCUGGAUAAAACGCCGUCUUCGACGUUAAAGAGAAUGCUGGAGAGGAAGAUUCCGGCGAUUCGAUCGCACAUCGAAAAGAAAGUUAGCAAGGAGUUCGGUGAUUGGCUCGUUGAGAUCCGCGUUGUGAGUCGCAAUUUGGGGCAAUUGGCGAUCGGCCAAGCCUCGUCCGCCAGGCAGCGUGAAGAGGAGCUAAGAAUGAAGCAGAGACAAGCCGAGGAGCAGACUCGACUCAGCUUGAGAGACUGCGCUUAUGCCUUGGAAGAAGAAGACGAUGAAGAUGAACUCGGAAGCGGAAUCGGAGACGAUAAGGAUGGAUAUGCUAAUGGCAAUAGUGGUUGGUUAGGGUUCGAUUUGACUCCCCUUUAUAGAGCAUAUCACAUACACCAGACAUUAGGGCUCGAGGAUAGGUUCAAGCAGUAUUAUUUUGAAAACCGGAGGCUCCAAUUAACGUCAGAUUUUCAGGUAUCUUCUAUGAAUUCGUUUCUUGAAUCCCAUCAGACUUUCUUUGCACAAAUUGCCGGAUUUUUCAUAGUAGAAGAUCGGGUUUUUAGGACUGGAGGGGGUUUGAUUUCGAAAUUUGAGGUUGAGAAUUUGUGGGAGACUGCCGUGAGUAAAAUGUGUUCAGUGCUAGAGGAUCAGUUUUCCAGGAUGCAAACUGCAAAUCAUUUGUUGUUGAUCAAGGAUUAUGUUAGUUUGUUAGGAGUCACCUUGCGUAGGUAUGGGUACCCUGUGGAUGCUUUGCUUGAUGUGUUGAGCAAGCAUAGGGAUAAAUACCAUGAGUUAUUGUUGUCUGAUUGUCGAAAGCAGAUUGCAGAAGCCCUUGCUGCUGAUAAGUUUGAGCAAAUGUUGAUGAAGAAGGAGUAUGAAUACUCCAUGAAUGUGCUUUCUUUCCAGAUACAAACUUCAGAUAUUAUCCCAGCAUUUCCUUAUAUUGCACCAUUUUCAUCUACUGUGCCUGAUUGUUGCCGUAUUGUUCGGUCAUUUAUUGAGGACUCUGUUAGUUUCAUGUCAUAUGGUGGGCACUUGGAAUUUUAUGAUGUUGUUAAGAAGUAUUUGGACCGGCUUUUAGGUGAGGUUUUAGAUGGGGCUCUUCUGAAGCUUAUUAAUACAUCUGUCCAUGGAGUUUCUCAGGCAAUGCAGGUUGCAGCAAAUAUGGCAGUUCUGGAGCGUGCUUGUGAUUUCUUCUUCCGUCAUGCCGCUCAGCUUUCUGGCAUUCCCUUGAGAAUGGCAGAGAGGGGUAGGAGGCUGUUCCCUCUUAACAAAGCUCGUGAUGCAGCAGAAGUGAUGCUUUCUGGUCUGCUCAAAACAAAGGUUGAUGGCUUCAUGCAGCUGAUUGAGAAUGUGAACUGGAUGGUCGAUGAGCCAUCACAGGGUGGGAAUGAAUAUGUGAAUGAGGUGAUAAUAUACCUGGAAACUCUGGUUGCUACUGCACAACAGAUAUUGCCAACUCAGGUUCUUAAAAGAGUUCUACAAGAUGUUCUUUCUCACAUAUCAGGGCAGAUUGUUGGGGCUUUAUUUGGGGAUUCAGUUAAGAGGUUUAAUGUAAACGCCAUAAUGGGGCUUGAUAUUGAUAUCCGGCUGUUGGAAUCUUUUGCAGAUAACCUUGCUCCUCUUUUCUCAGAAGGGGAUGCAAAUCAGUUGAAAAAUGCACUUGCAGAGUCUAGGCAAUUGAUCAAUUUGCUUUUAAGUAAUCAUCCAGAGAAUUUUCUGAAUCCAGUAAUCAGGGAGAAGAGUUACAGUACUCUGGACUACAGGAAGGUAGUAACAAUUUCAGAGAAGUUAAGGGACCACUCAGACAGGCUAUUUGGAACCUUUGGAAGUAGGGGAGCCAGGCAGAACCCAAAGAAGAAAUCUCUGGAUUCAUUGAUAAAAAGACUCAAGGAUGUCAGCUGAUCCGCUGCAGUGAUUUAUGUAUGUCACUGUUCUUUCCCCUUUUGAUAGCAUCUGGCAUUAUUUUGUAGUGGUGCAUUGCUAAUUUUAUUGGCUUAUAUAGUUGAUGCAAUCAUUUGCUUCUGAGUAUCUUAAAUGAAUAGAUCCAAAAUUUUCGUUUGCAAUUUGUAUGUAUCAUUCAAAUUCAUACCAUCAGUUUUAUUAAAUUCUUUUGGGUCAU